AUGAGUAAAACAUUAAGGCAAGAGGAGAUCUCCUCUGAAACAACGUUGCUCGACUUAUCGCGAGAAAACCCGAAUUCUCAGCAGGCCUACGGCGAGAUUUCCUCCUACCUCUCCGUAUGCGAAAUCGCCUGGUGUCAUCCCUGAGACAGGUAAGAUUGCUGGUCUGAAGAAGUUCACUACUGAAUCAUGGGGAAUAUUUUUGGUAAUCUGCUGAAGAGCCUCAUAGGAAAGAAGGAGAUGAGGAUUCUGAUGGUUGGAUUGGAUGCUGCAGGUAAAACAACCAUCCUGUACAAACUCAAGCUGGGAGAGAUUGUUACCACCAUCCCAACCAUUGGCUUUAAUGUGGAGACAGUGGAGUAUAAGAACAUCAGUUUCACUGUGUGGGAUGUUGGUGGCCAGGAUAAGAUCCGACCUCUCUGGAGACACUACUUCCAAAACACGCAGGGUCUAAUCUUUGUGGUGGACAGUAACGAUCGAGAGCGCGUGAAUGAAGCCAGGGAGGAGCUGAUGAGGAUGUUGGCAGAAGAUGAGUUGCGUGAUGCUGUUCUCCUCGUUUUCGCCAACAAACAGGACCUGCCUAAUGCAAUGAAUGCAGCUGAAAUCACAGAUAAGCUGGGCCUCCACUCACUGCGUCACCGCAACUGGUACAUCCAGGCCACCUGUGCAACCAGUGGCGAUGGCCUGUAUGAAGGCCUUGACUGGCUGGCCAAUCAGCUGAAGAAUAAGAAGUGAGGGAUCUCAGGCAGGUGUGGAGGGCUUAUUUAGGGCAAGGGGUGGGGUCACUUGGGGCUAUCGUAUUAUUUGGUUUGGUUUUGUUUGUUUACCUUUGAUUUUUUGCAAAUGUGUGGUUGUUAGAGCCUUCAGAUGGUCUGUGUAAAUGGACUCAUCACACAAGUUCACACAUCAAAAUAUAUAUGGACACAUGGACACACAUACACAUGUGCACCUCGACAAAUACAUGAGCACACAAACAUUAACGUCUCUGCUCUUUGGUGGUUUCUCUGUAUUCAGUGUAAAAUGGACCUCAAAACACACUAUCAGUCAAGUAUACAGUAUAAUAUAGCAUCCCAGAAUAGUCAUUAUCUCUCCAUGCACUGUUUUUCUGCCCUUUGGUUUCUCUGUAUUUUAAUUUUUCACACAAAGAUAAAGGUUUUCUCUAAAAUAUAGUGAGCUGAAGCAGUUUCAUCUGUUUGAUGUUUCAAUUAGAUUUUUAUGGAGUAUAUUCAUUAAGAUUGUAAUGCAGUUUGUCUCAUCACACACGCACACACACACACAUACACACACACACUCUAACAUUAAGCAGCUCUCUCCUCCUGCUGGUCAGUAACUGUGUUAGUCAGAGUUGAGUAUGCUGUGUAAACAUGCUCCCCACUGUGUCCUCCUGCAUGGCUUCCUCCUUCACUGUGGCUUGGAGAGUCUCGUGGCUCAGUAGACUGUAGAUUGCAUGUAUAUGUGUUGUAGAGGUAUAGAGUUGCUCGGUGUUGCAUGCUGCUUUGUUGUGAUGUUGUAUUAGAAGGCUGGUAUCAUGAAUGGCUAAUCAUUUAGAUGUAAACGAUGGAAUACAUGGAUGAUGGAGUAGUAGAAAUCGUGAAGGUUAUGAAAAAUAGUGUCAGAUAACGAGUAGUUUGAAAUAACGAGGCUGUAAGAUUGAAGUGUCGUUUGUUCACAUAAUGCUUUUGUCUGCAUGGCAUGCAUGCUGCAUAGAUAGAUAGAUAGAUAGAUAGAUAGAUAGAUAGAUAGAUAGAUAGAUAGAUAGAUAGAUAGAUAGAUAGAUAGAUAGAUAGAUAGAUAGAUAGAUAGAUAGAUAGAUAGAUAGAUAGAUAGAUAGGUGCUGAAUGUCCCUGUUGCAGGUGAAUGUUUGUUUAUUAAUUUACAUUUUAUACAGUUAUUGAAUAUGUAUUUUUGUCUCUUUGCCGGGUGAUUUUGUGCACUAAGAAAAUGAGCUUUUGUUUUUAAUUCUUUGAGAAGCUGGAUAAUGUUAGUAAAUAACAGAGGAAACUACCAGUACGCGCACACAUACGUGUGUGUGCUUUCAGACAAACUGCAUUAUGUUACCUUUCUCGAUAUCUUUCCCUGUGUUGCCUGUAAGUAUUCUGUUUGUAAUACGCAAUGUGAGGAUUUGUAACAUAUCACUCCCACUGAAUGUGAAUUCUGUGUUAUUAUUUAUUUGCUUAUAUUGUGUCAUGCAGUCUUUAUUUAUUGUAUUUAUUUGAAUAUUGUCUUCAAGUAGCAACAGAAUGAUAAUUUGAAUAUUUAUGCGUCAGGGUUGUUUUCGUUCAAUGUUGGGUAAAUUGGUUUUCAUACAGCACAUAUCCAUUUCAUAGAGUGCUGAAAAUUAUGUAAAAUAAAGAUAUUGUGUGUACCAAGGCAUCUGGCCGAAUGGUAGUGCAUGGUAUUUUGAUAGCAGAUCUUACAUUAGGCUACAGAUGCUGGACUAAUGUAUAUUUUGCUAUAAAACUCAGUCUACAUUACUGUAACAUAAACGCUGCUGUUCUGACAUGAAAUAUUAAGCUAUCCUACAAAUAACAUUCAUAGUACUAAUGCCACUGUGAGUCAUGUGCACGUCUUCAAAGCCUGUAGAUUCCCAAUAAACAGCUGUCAGACCAAGAAAAUCUGUUGAUGGUGAGGACUCAAUCCGAACUCUACUAUUAUCCACUACUAAGUGACUACAGUGUAGAUCUUUCACAGCUAUAGGACUAACAUAUUCUUUCACUGUAUUGUAACAGAAAUAACCUCCUCUUCAACACUCACACACUUUUUAAUAAAGAUGCUUUUACAGCAUUUCUAUAUCUAUACAUAUAUUAUACUGCUGGUGCUUUACAGUACUGUGUAACUAAAGAUGCUCCAUAUCAGUGGAAGUAAAGUCAUAGUACAAGCAAAGCAUGGCUGUUCAUCCACAGAGACAUUACUGUCUUUGAUUCUUUGUACCAUUUACACAAAGCAUCUAAAAGUCUAAUUCUACAUUAGAUCAUGUGUCUGUGCUAUCCACACAUACUGUAAUGUGUGAUUCACAUCCUAUGUGUCCAGUUAUGUUUUGUGGCCUUAUAUGCUGUAUUACAAAAAAAAAAAAAAAAAAAGAAUAAAUACUCAUAUAAGUUAUUGAUUUAGUGAGUUACUGAAUCGAUUUUUGUGGGUGGAAAAUAAUUGGGAACAAAACUAAGCUGUGAGUUUUAAUAAAGUUUAAUUGAAAAAAAAAAUCUUAAUGUUGAAAAGGUUUUUGUGCUUAUAGUUGCACCAGACAUAAGUUUUGGAAAGUAAUUUAUAAAUCUUACAUCUGUGUUUUUCUUGUUUCUGUUUUUGAUUACAGAAGUGCGGUUUUGCCUAUCCAUCAGUUUUGCUUUAGUUAUUUUAAUGAUUUGUACCAUGUCUCUGAAAUUAAGGAGGACUUUGAAAAGUCUCUGAGAAAAAUUGCAUAUAAACUGUGGGUCAAAUAGUCCAUGCGUGGUACACUGACUGUACUUUGAACCCCAGUAGAACUUGUAAAAUGAACUUUUACCAUCCGGUUUGUGCCCACAAUAAAAGCAAACACUUUUCCAUG